UUGACGUUCAAGUGUAUACUUCUAUUGAGACAUUUCAAAGUUCUGAAGAAAAGCUUUAAUACUUAGCUGAAAAUUGUUAGUUUAGCUUUUAAAGUGGAAUGCAUACAGGAAUUUCAUUUUACAAAACGAAGGCAUUUUUUGGGAAAUGACAAUUUGCUAGCAAAUUGGCUUAUAGUUGAGAAAAUGGAUGAGGAAAACAAGGAAGAUGCAAAAGAACGUAAACGUCCCAGAACUAGCGAAGAUUUCUAUUUAUUUUGUACUUACGUAUUGGAAUACGAAAAUUACGAUGCACAGAAAACUGAGGAACUACGAAGUAAUGUUAACCAUAGCCCGCCAUUAGAUAGUUCAGGUAGCAGUGUAAAUUCUGAAUCGAAUUCGGAGACAGCUAGCUCUACUCAGGAGUAUAAACCUAGUGAGGAUGAAACGGACGAAGGUAGUGAUUCCCACGACUUAGUUACAUGUUAUUGUGGAAAACCGUUCGCUGGUCGGCCCAUGAUCGAAUGUUCGCGUUGUCUUACAUGGAUUCAUUUAUCAUGUGCACGAAUUAAGAAAACCAAUAUACCUGAUGUGUUCCAUUGUGCCAUGUGCAAAGCUGAUGAAAAAAAAAGAGCAGCUUCGCCUUCUUCACAUUUUAAAAAUAAACGCCAUAAGAAAACUUCCUAAACCUAUUGUACAUAAUAAUAUAGAGACAGCAAUUGUAUAUUUGUGUAAAUAUUAUUAUAUAAUGUAAAUUUUAGAUAGCAGAUUCUAAGAAAUUAUAUUUCUAUUAAGAUUACUAUUAAGAUUUUCGGUAGUUCGAUUAUAUCAUAUUUGUUCAUUUACAAGUAGUGUGAUACCGUGUGAUACUAAAUUUCCUUUACUUUUUCUAAUGACGUUUGAUAAUUAGCUAGAAGCUGAUAUAUCAAAUAUUGAUACAUAAAAUACUGUGUUAGCUACAGUGAAGUGUGUACUAAGAUCCGCCUGCAUUCUGUGCUAUAGUUUUUAAUUUUUAUUUCAAUUUUUUCACUACGUGGGAUUUUAAUUUAUCUGCCUAUGGUCGUAUUGAUUUUUAAAUUAUGAUUUCAAUUUUCAAUUAACUAGGCUAGUGUAUAUUAUGUAUUUGAUUCUUUUAAUAGAUUAUGAAACAGCAAUUGCGUUUUAGUUAUUUUUAUUAUUGUUAAUCAGUUAACUGGUUAGUGGCUUUAAUAUACGUUAACUAUAUUAGUUUUCAUAUCAAUGAAUCUGCUUUGUGAUUGUGAUUAUUUUUGUUAAAUUAUUUGUGGUAGUAUAUUUACGUUAACAAUAACAUAAUUGGUAGUAUCGUUUUUUUAAAUAACUACUAUUAACAAUUUUAAAUUUUAUACCAAUUAUUCUGUGAUAAUACUAUACUCGUAAAAGAAUGUUGGUAGAUGUCGAUUUGAAUUUGGCCAAAGCCCUAGAACAGUUUGCAAAUUAAAAAGACUGCAUUUGAACUGUUCUACUAGAAUGGAGAGUUCUGUAAUUUAAGAAAUUGUAUAUUGACGCGCAUUUUAUUGUAUCAUUUUUGGUUGCACUUCAGGGUAUUGUAAUGCAGUUAUGUUGCUGUUGUGCUGUUUCAUUUUCUUUCAAUUUUUGGAAUAUCAUUAAAUGUUAGUGACUUGUAGAAGCUUGAUUGAAAUAAAUAAAAAAUUACGCAAUUUGUCAUUAUUCAUUAUAAUGGUAGGGGCACAAUUUACUUGCGUCACAUUUUUUCGUUUAUUAAUAUUGUUGUAUCGGUAUGAAACCAUACCACACUUGUCUGAAGCGUUAUCCAUUGGUUCUUACGAUGAAAACUGGUGUGAUUACAAUAUAAGUAAAUGUUGUUUCUGCAGUGUGUAGUGCGAGACAUUUUAGUUACGUCUAGUUUCGUUUUGACUUGGUUAUGACUUAAACAUGUUUUUUUAAUGAUGUAUAUAAUUAAAUUACUAAAGUUUAGUAUUAAUUGAAAUGUGUAUUGUUGAAAGUAACCAAAUUUUUGGAUAAUUGUUUUAUGUAAAUUGCCUAUUUUUAAUUGUUAUAUUUUCAUAGGUAUUUACUUUGACUGCAGACUUGCAUAUAUUCUUGAUUGCAUUAUCACCAAGUCACAACACUGUAACUUGUGACUGAUUAUUAUAAGAUAAUAAUAGAAAUAAUAGUGUACUUUUUACAGGAUGAUGUAUUUGAAAUAAAAUUAAUAUGUGUAUAUGCAGUGAUUGGUAAAAUCUUGCAGAAUGCA